GCCCCCCCCCCAAGCAGUUUAAUCCAGCCAUGGUCCUGAACUCGUGACAAUGGGGGCCUUUACUCUUUGGAUUUUUCUACAAUAAAUCCCACAUUUUAAAUCAAUUGGCUGAAAAAUCCUGAGUCAGUUUAGCUUCUGUUUUACAAACUAGGUGACAUCUUUUCCCUAAAUAUCUACAAUUAUAAUAUUAAAUUAAAUAUAGUGUUACAUAACAAGAACAUAGCUCAGCUUCCGCUGAGUCAGACUUUGCGACAAGUCGUCAGAAAAAAUUGCCGGCGCCAGAUAGAGCAGACCGAUGGCUACCGUCGUCCAUCGUCAACUACAUUAGAAACUGUUUUAAUUUUACCGCAGAUCUAGUGGAGUGGUGCUAUGUCUUCGGGAAUGACUGGACAAACACCGUGCCUAUCCAGCAGAUGGGAUCAACCUGCCCAACCUAAACAGAGUGUCGAUGUAACGCAGCAGAGGAGCAGUGAAAAUGCAGCCCACCCUGUCUCUUUAUCAGGAGUCGUCAGCACUGCUGGUUCCAAAAGCAACGUUUCCCAGCCACCCCAAACAGGAGAAAAGCCAGUGCCACAGGGAGGAGUUGAAAUGGCUGCGGCCAUGGCUGCUAAAAUAAAUGCCAUGUUAAUGGCAAAAGGAAAGCUGUUGACUCCUCCCCCGUUACUUGCAAAGACCCCUACAUGUGUUCCUGUGCCGACCACUACAGAAGAGAUGGUGGUCACAGAGGUCGACAUAAAUGAUGUACCGCUAAAUUGCAGGGACCUUCUUACUAAAGGCAAAACACAGGAGGAGAUCCGGCAGUGUAGUGGGGCAGUCGUCUCAACAAAAGGUCAUUACAUGACGGAAGCUGAAAAAGGAAAAGGAGGACAAAGACCUUUGUAUUUGCAUGUCCAGGGAAAAACCCAAGAGCAGGUCAAUAAGGCUGUGAUGAGGAUAAAGGAGAUCAUCUCUGAGGAUGUGAUGAGGGCCUCAGCAGCAUCAGGAGGACAACAGGUGCCUGUAAUGCCUCCGCUCACACUAUACCCUCAACCUCCUCGGCCUGUCAUUCCCUCUCCUGUGCCACGGAUGCCCAACACCAACUCAGUGCCAGGCCAGGGACAUCGACCUGCAGCUCCUCAUUCAGGGAGUUUUGUGCACACAAAGAUUUUUGUGGGUCUGGACCAGGCUUUGCCUUCUUUUAACGUGAAUGAAAAGGUCGAAGGUCCAGGAGGUUCGUACCUGAGUCACAUCCAGACAGAGACAGGGGCUCGAGUCUUCCUCAGGGGAAAAGGUUCCGGCUACAUUGAACAAGCAUCAAAACGAGAGUCUUUUGAGCCUCUUUAUGUUUACAUCAGUCACCCAAACGCAGCUGGAUUGGAGGCAGCGAAGAAACUCACUGAGAGUCUGCUGGAAACUGUGAGAGCUGAACAUGCCCGAAUGGUGUCGAUGUACACGGCCACAGGCUCAACACAACCAUACGCAGCACAUGGAUUUCCACCUAAUAGCAAUUACUCUAGCCAGGGGUCCUGGUAUAACUACCCAGCAAAUGGGUAUGCUGGCGGCUAUUCAGCGUACCCAGGAGACCGUGGUUAUUGGAGUAGUGCAAAUGGUCCCCCAAGUCUUUCUAACAUUUCGACAAACCCUCCAUCUUCUCAGGCAAUGGUUCAGUAUCCAGUGUGUCCUAGGAAACCACAUCCCUAUCUCGUCCAGGAUCCUGGCAGCAGUGAGACAGUGGAGCCUGAAGGAUCUUUAAGCACCCCCCCUGACUCAGGAAGUCCCAAACGACAUUUCCACGAGGCGGCUAAGGAAGAGCAGCCAACCAGCUGCUCUCCAGAGGGUCCUGCUCACCAGGAGUCUGCACUUCCUGCCUCCAGUGUUGGAGAGGAAAAAGCCGUAGAAAGAAUUCUGAUGCCUCCACCGCCACCUCCCUUUGUGGCUCCUGCCACUGUUACCCGCAAAAGGCCGAGAGACGCAGUGACAGAUGAUCCGGCCAGUCUGCCCAGCAGCACCGCGUCAAUGGGUGUUCAAGAGGAUAUGUGCGAGAAGAAGUCUAAAGUGGACGAAGAUGCCUCAGGGCUUGUGCCCUACGGAGGAGAUUCCUCCGACGAAGAGGAGGAGAGGACACGCAGCAGUAAGACAGAUAACUCAUAACCCCUGCCCUGCCCCAUCCCCACUGUCCAGGAUACUCGCAGACCCAAAGUCUACAUUCAGUAUAUCAAUGCAGUUCUCAAACUCAAACCCCCUAAAAGGAAAAAUCCACCUUUGAGUUAUCAUACACUGUUUUAGGACUAUACCAGUGUUUUCUCAUGUUUUACCCUAUUUAACUACAAACUACGUUAUUGCUGACCAGUUUCCAAGCAAAAUGUUUGUUUUUGAUUGACGUUCUUUGCUUCCAUCCCAGCAGACAUGGUUUUCCAUUCAUCUCCGUAUGGCAUUUAAACACAUUGUUUGAAAUGUCUGCAGCCACUUUUUGUACUGACAUCAAUUUUAGAACUUUAUAUACAGGUGACUAAGCUUUGUCAGGUUGACAGUCUUUAUACAGCAGUAAUCAGGGUUGGGCAAAAAAUGUUUUCAUAUCGUCAGGUUGUUACCAGCGAUCGCUGACAGGCUGCCCAUUCGUAUGACGGGAGGGAAAGGUCUCUCUCUCUCUCUCAUGUCACUCAUUUUACAUGUCAGUAAAGCUGAUCUCAAAGCACAGCUGCUGUCAUUUACCUCUAUUUUGGUUCAAUUUACGUAGUGAUCACAAAUUAAGUUUAUCUGCAGCAACAGCUUGGUUCUUCUGAACAGAGAUUUCUCCCUCCCUCUCUCGUUAUUCUGUUGCUUCAUGUGUGUUUUUAAAACAAAGUCGGUGGCAAAUCAAGUCAGUCUAUGCAUUACAUACAUUCACAAGUGAAUUUCAGGCUUCAGCUGGAAAUGCGAGCCUGGCAGAAAUGAACCCAGCACAUAAAGAUAGCAGAGUGGAUGAAAGAGCUGUAGUCACGUGUGCCUCACACUCACCAGCUCAAAUCAAGCAGCAGCAGGCAUAUGGAGAAUGGAGAUACAGGGUUUUUUCAGAUUGCACAGCACAUUGAUUGCGCUCCCUUUUCCAUCUGCCAAACGGGUUGCUUUAAAUUAAGGAGCAGAGUCGGUGUGCUGAUUAACAGUGAUUGCUGAGCGGGCGAUGACAAAUUGGCGUCUUUGAUCGUUGAUAGACGAUCCGUUUACUGUUCCUAUCAGUAUUGUAAAGUACAGAUGAUUACUAGUAAGCAGACUGAAGAGGCUUUAAAAAAAAAAAAAAAACACUGGUAGGUAUGUUCAAAUAAUCACCAGUUUCUGAUGUUUGGUGCUUUCCUGGACUCUUAAGGAAGAAGGGUUUUUUCUUUUCUUUUCCUGGUGUUGGUUUUGCUUUGUGUAAGUCUGUUUCAGUUCUUUUCAUGCAUCUCCCAGAAUGUCUCUGUAAUCCCUCACACAAUGGAUGUGAACUUGUUGGUUUUAGUCAAAGGUGAGCAUAGUUAAAUGUAUACCCACCUACAUAGCAAAGUGUAAAUAUAGCCUGCCACCAAGUUCAUUGUGCAUAUGUUUGUAGCCACAUGACUUAAGAUACAACAGAUCUUUGGGAAUUUUGAGGAUAUGGUUUCAGAGAAUGUAAAUCUUUUCUACAGUGUUAUUGCUGUCUUGAUAAAAGCCUCUUUUUUACUUAAAGG